CCGGUAACUCGCGGGUUUACAUCGCGCGCCAUCUGCGCGCAAGCGGCUAAUAUCGACACCUGGCACCUCAUUGCUAGCGCAAGAAGGCCUGACAGCACGCACGCAGCGGCCACCGCGAAGAAACGCGCCACAGAUUGCCCAGAGACGCGCCAAGCACAAGCACCAUGGCCGAGCUCGACGCCAUCCUCGGCAAUGAUGAAGGCGGCAUGGACAUGGACAUGGGCGGCACUAAUCAAGGCGCGCCGCGGCGGAACCCGGCGUACGAGCAGCUCUUAACCGCGUGGCGGUCGGAGCAGGCCUGCCCGGAAGUGCUGCCCUGGCGCGGCGAUUUAGUAGAUGCUUUAUUAGAUGCGGCGGAGCAGCAGGAGGCCAUGGUCAAGGCGACGGUCGAGCAAGGGGGCGACGUCGACGAGUGCUUGUUUUCGGCGCCGUUGUACGAGAGCGAGCUCGCGCGGUGCCGUUUUGUGGUUGGUUCGUACGUGCGCUGUCGACUACGUAAAUUAGAAAGACAGUGCGGGUACAUCAUCGCGGACGACGACGCCUACGGUCGUCUCUCAGACGCCGAAAAGACGCACGCCGUCAAGUACUUGGAUUUGAUCGAAAAGCACCACCGCGCGUCGUUACUCGAAGAUCUACCGGAACCCUUCCGCGACGAGCGCAAGGACGGCGACGAGGCCUGCCCCGAGGUGUUGGCCAAAGCUAUUUCCAAAGCUCCGGCGUUGGACCGCUUCGUCUUCAUCAAGGCGAACAAGGACCUGGGGGACGUGCAGAUCGAUAGUAGUGGCGAGACGGCGUUCAUCUCGAAGGGCGACACGCACGCGCUGCGCUACGGGCCCGUGCGGGAUUAUGUGCUGGACGGGAGCCUGAGCCUCGUCUAAGUAUCUUAUGGUUCUCCCCCGGGCUGGUCGACGCGACGCCCUGGAGCCGGCCGCUUGCGGUACCUCCUCAAACUGGUUACGUCCCGAACUGACGCAUCACCUACCCGA